AUGCCGCUCUUUACUAGAGAAGGAAAGUUGGAUAUGUGGAAAGGGUUGCUUGAUGGUUGUAAAGCUAAGAUGGAGGGCUGGAAGAGUAAGUGGCUUUCUUUGGCUGGGCGCAUCCUAAUGUUAAAGAUAGUUGUUUCGGCUAUGCCUAUUUUCCCAAUGGCUUGCUUCAAACUCCCAGCCUCUAUCAUCAAGAAUAUGCAGCAAAAGAUGAGGAAGUUUUUGUGGAAUGGUAACCAAGAUCAGGAUAAAGUUCCGCUCAUGGCUUGGGACAGAGUUUGUAAACCCAAAGGUGGGGGAGGGGUGGGACUCCGUGAUUGGAAGAUUAUUAAUGAGGCCAUGGGAGCUAAGUUGGUUUGGCAAAUGUAUAGUAAACUGGAACAGAGAUGGGCCAAAAUUCUACAAGCUAAGUAUUUGGAUAGUAGGGAAAAGGAAAGGAUCCUAACAGUGAGAAAUCCCCCAAGAGGGUCAGCUUUGUGGAAUUUUUUGAGAAGGAGCUGGAAAGACCCUCAGGUUUUAAAUUUGGGGGAAGAUUGGGAAAGAUAUCUAAGCAAGAUCUCGGGUAAUCGUGAGGUUUUAUUCUUGAAGGAGGAGGAUGAAAUCAUCUGGUGUGGGUCAAAGAGCGGCUGCUACUCAGUGAAAGUGGGAAUCACUCUUUUGGAAAGAGAUGCCAAGUCAAAGGAGUGGGAAUCUAAGAUUUGCUGGAACAAUGUGUGCCUUCUGAAAGCUGGAGCUUUUGCGUGGCUGGCUGGCAAUAAGUGGAUUCUUUCUGGAGAUCACCUAAAUAAAAUGGGGUUUGCAGGUCCUUUUCACUAUGUUCUAUGUGAAAAGGCUGAGGAGGAUGUGGAUCAUCUUUUUCUAAAUUGUGAUUUUUCUCAGAAGGCGUGGCUUUUUGGGAGUAAGGGCAAUCCAACCCUAGAGUGGACUCCACCUGAGAAGGGGUGGACUAAGAUUAAUUUUGACAGAGCAUCAAGGGGCAAUCUAGGACCCUCGGGUGUUGGGGUGAUUGCUCGAGAUGAUCGGGGAAACAUUCUGGCCAUUGCGGCCAAGAGAUUGUUGGAUGGGUCGAACAAUGUUACUGAAUGUCAAGCUGCAUUGGAUGUAAUCCUUAUGGCUAGGAAAUUGGGAGUCAAGAAACUUCAUUUAGAAGGUGAUUCUCAAGUUGUGGUGGGGUCAAAUGAGGAAGUGCAAUGGAUCUCUUCCCUAGUUUUACGACCCAAAUGGGUAGGAGGCUUGCAGGAUGUGGUGGCCCGUUCUGUAAUUGGUGUGGGGCUGAGGAUGGCGGAGGGACCAAGCAGGAGGAUUGGAGUGGAUGUUGGGGAGUUGCAGCAUUUUGUAGUCUGGUCAGCUUCUCGGCCAAUCGCUUUGUAG